AUGGAUGAUGAACAAAAUAUUUACAAAGAAUCAACUCAAAAUAUUCCAUUUUUACAAUGGCUUAAUCAAAAAAAGUCAAAUGUAUUUUCUCAAUUAUAUAAUUAUAUUCCAAAUAAUUAUACUUCUCCUCAAUUAUACCCAAAUGAAUUUAUAAUUUUCUUAGGUGAAUUAUUUCCUCCUCAUAUUGUUAGAACUGAAACAUCAAAUUUUUUUGAUGUUGCUAUUACUCAUAUCAAAGCAUAUCCUGCAUUAACUUCAUUAAUAUAUUUUGUUUAUCGAUCUAACUUUAGUGCAUUACCAAAUACAUCUUUGACGUCAGAUGGUGGAUGGGGAUGUACAAUACGUGCAUGUCAAAUGUUAUUGGCAAAUGCAAUAAUAAAAUUAUUUGGUUCAGAUAAUAUUAAUAGAAAAACUGUGAUUCAUUGGUUUCUUGAUUUUUAUAAUUCUGAAUGCCCUUAUUCUAUUCAUUCAUUAUUUACUACUCAAAUUAUUGUUAGUGGAAAUCCUAAUGGUAGUUCUUUUCUUCCAUUUUCUUCAGUAAUUUAUGCACUUACAGAAUUAGUAAAUAAAGACUUCAAUAGAGCAUUUGAAUGUCAUGUAAUAACUAAUAAAUUUUUAUUAAAAUCAAUUAAUAAACCAACCAUUGUUUUUAUUCCUUUUACAAUUCCAGAUAAAUUUGACCAAAGAUUAAUUACUAUAUUUUCUUUUAAUUUAUUUGCUGGAAUGGUUGGUGGUUCUAAGCAAAAGGCAUUUUAUUUCUUUGGGAUACAUCACAAUCAAUUACUUUUUCUUGACCCUCAUUUUGUACGUCCAUGUGCAUCUUCUAUUAUGAAAUUUGAUGAAAAAGAUUAUAUUGCGAAAUUAUCAGAUAUUAAAUCCCUUCGUAUAAAUGAAUUAGAAAGGUCAGUUGUUUUUUCAUUUGUUAUUCACUCAUUUCAGGAAUUAAUUUCUCUUCAAGAAUUAGCAAAAAAUGUUUUAGGAAUUGAUGAUAAACAGUUAACAAUCAAACGAGAAGAAUGUGAUGGCUUUGAAGUUCUUGAAUUUUAAAUUUAUUUUUAAAUCUAUCGUAAAUA